GGGAGGCACAAAAAACGCCAACCAAAGAAAGAAAGAAAGAAAGAAAGAAAGAGAAGAAGCAAGUCCAAGAAACCAGAAGAUUCUCCCGACGCCAUUAUCGUCCACCCUCCCAAGAGAAUCCCUGCUCUUUCUUCCCAAGAGAAGGCUGAGAUCUAGUAGUAAUUGAAUCUCUGGAAGAUCAAAUCUUUGAAUGUCGCAUCUCGACGACGACAUUCCUUCAACUCCUGGGAAAUUCAAGAUGGAUAAAUCCCCCUACUUCCUCCACCGUACUCGGUGGCAGUCCUCCGUCGCCAAGCUUGCUUUUUGGUCCCUUGUCUUUUUCGGAUUGCUCUUCAUCUUCUUCUACCGAUCUCCCAUCUCCAAUCCCGAUUCUUCUCGCCGCUCUCUUCGCACCUACUCUUGGGGCGGUCCCCACUGGGAGAAACGCGUCAGAUCCUCCGCUCGUGUCCGCACCCGCAACGGCGUCUCCGUUCUCGUCACCGGAGCCGCCGGUUUCGUCGGUACGCACGUCUCAGCCGCUCUUAAACGACGCGGCGACGGCGUUCUAGGGCUCGACAACUUCAACGAUUACUACGACACGUCUCUCAAGAGAUCUAGACAAGCCCUCCUCGAGCGAAGCGGAGUGUUCAUCGUGGAAGGAGACAUCAACGAUUUGUCUCUCCUCAAGAAGCUCUUCGAGGUCGUGCCUUUCACUCACGUCAUGCAUCUGGCCGCUCAAGCUGGUGUCAGAUACGCCAUGGAGAAUCCCAGCUCCUACGUUCACAGCAACAUCGCUGGCUUCGUUAACCUCCUCGAAGUCUGUAAAUCCGCUAAUCCUCAGCCGGCGAUCGUGUGGGCAUCGUCAAGUUCGGUCUACGGAUUAAACACCAAAGUCCCCUUCUCUGAGAAAGACAGAACAGAUCAGCCUGCGAGUCUCUACGCUGCGACCAAGAAAGCUGGAGAAGAGAUUGCCCACACUUACAAUCACAUCUACGGGCUCUCUCUUACCGGGUUGAGGUUUUUCACGGUGUACGGGCCGUGGGGGAGACCUGACAUGGCUUACUUCUUCUUCACCAGAGAUAUCCUCAAAGGGAAAGCGAUUUCAAUCUUCCAAGGAGCCAACCACGGAACAGUGGCUAGGGAUUUCACAUACAUCGAUGACAUAGUGAAAGGAUGUUUGGGGGCUCUGGACACGGCGGAGAAGAGCACAGGGAGUGGCGGUAAGAAGCGGGGUGCGGCUCAGCUAAGGGUAUUCAACCUGGGGAACACAUCUCCGGUACCGGUAACGGAGCUUGUGAGUAUAUUGGAGAGAUUGUUGAAAGUGAAAGCGAAGAGGAACAUGAUGAAGCUGCCGAGGAAUGGUGAUGUGGCCUUCACACAUGCAAAUAUCAGUUGGGCAGAGAGAGAGUUUGGGUACAAACCAAGCACGGAUUUGCAGACUGGUCUAAAGAAGUUUGUAAGAUGGUAUCUUGGUUACUACAAGCAGCAGGCGGGAAAGAAAGUUGCUGCCGCUUGAUUGAUUCUUGUCAUUUACUAUUAUUAUUAACGAAGAAGACACUUUCUUUCUUUCUUUCUUUCUUUCUUUAGAGUGUCCCAUCCCAUGGUUGGGUAUAGUGAGUGGAUUGAUACAUAAAGAAGAGACAUGAUUCAUUCAUUCAUUCAUUCGAGAUUAUAUAUUCUUUACAUUUGUAUCCUCCUGCCUGUUGUAAUUUCGUCAGAUCUCUCUGAUAUUUAUAUCCUCAUAGGAAGUUCACAUU